GGAAGAAUGGCUGAAAUUGUUUCACAAUCGGACAUUCAUUCCUCGAAUUUUCCAGAAAUUCAAAAGCUCGUCGAUCGGACUUUGGAGAGCGUGCCAGGAAUGGUUCGAUUUGAGGUCGUCGUAGUUAAUUGAUCUUGGAAGCAAAGAAACGUUGUCUUAUCAAAUUGAGUUGAGAACUGGUGGUUGAUGGAACUGCGACUCAGACUCUCAGAUGUGUGGCUGAGUUGCGCCACCAUUCUUCCUCGUGUCAUAAUUUUCAUGCCUCAAUCAAGUGUAGCCUGAAGUAUUAGAGACUCCAUACAUCUCUCCUAGCCAAACCUGCCCGAUAAUCCGUGUAGCAAUCUUGGUACGAUGUAUUCGCAGAUGACGUACGGUUUAAGGUGAAAAACAACAAUCCAAAACGUCAGGUCACAGUGCGUGUUGAAACGAUUGAAACACUUCACUACCUGGAAUCUCUGAAUAUUGACGCAACUGACUGAAGAUUCACGGACCUGGAUGAGAUAUCUGUCCAUGCCAUAAUGAGCUUCAAUGGAAAACCCAUUAAGGGUGUUCUCUUGGACAUCACCGGUGUUCUAGCCGAAAGCAGUGCGGAAGGAGAUGGCCAAGUCAUUUUCGGAUCAGUGGAAGCCGUUAAAAAAUUAACGGAUAAAGGAAUCCAGGUUCGAUUCUUGACCAACGAAACCCAGCGAACCAGGCGGAACUUGAUGGAAAAGCUCCAUCGACUCGGGUUCUCCAUGAACGAAACCGACAUAUUUCCACCUGCCUUAGCCAUGUCAUCCAUUGCUCUGGAGAAGAAUCUCCGACCUUUCUUACUCGUCCACGAGAACGUUUUGCCCGAUUUGGCGGCCAUUCCCAUCGCCGAAAACUAUGACAGUGUGGUCAUCGGGGACGCGGUGGAUGAAUUCUCCUAUCAAAACCUGAACAAGGCCUUUCGAGUACUGAUGGCCUCGGGAGGUCCUUUGUACACCUUGGGGAAAGGGCGCUUUUACCGUGAGGAUGGAGAACUGACCUUGGAUGUGGGUGCAUUUGCCGCGGCCUUGGCCUUCGCUGCCGAUCGAGAGGCCAUUGUGUGUGGCAAACCCGCCCCCAACUUCUUUGCCACGGCCAUAAAAGACAUGGGCGUUCGAGCCGAAGAGACGCUCAUGGUGGGCGACGAUAUCGUCUCUGACGUGGGCGGGGCUCAGGCGUGCGGAAUCAAGGGGAUUCUGGUGCGCACCGGAAAGUUCCAACCGCAAGACGAGAACCAUCCGAACGUAACGCCCGACAAAAUUGUGAAUAAUCUCGCCGAAAUAGCGGAUAUAAUCGUAUCCGAUUAAGUCGUGGUCAAAAAAGGGUUGGCAAUACAAUAAGCAAGUACGAAACGA